AUGAAAGCACAGGGUAUGACUCGAGAUGGGCCACAUGGGAAGAUCGUCGUUUUUGCAGCUUCUCUCAGCAUCAAUGCUGGGGCAUGUUUCAGCAUCGGACUCAGUAGAGCUGGCGACUCUGAAGAACCUCCCUUCCCUCGGGGAUGCAUGGACCUCCUCAGUAACGUCCCUGCUAAAGCUGGAGGACCUCAAGCUGGGCGAGAGUAUCGCUAUCUGCACGUUGGUAUCGACUGUGACUUUGUACAGGAGAACUUGGAGGAAGAGGAAACUGCGGCGCUCUUGGACGAACUUGUGAACCUCCGUCACACUCUGGACCAUAUCGUCAGAGCUGGUCUUAUCGAGAUCACUACAGCGAGUCGUGUUGGAGCUAGAGAAAUAGUUGAUAAAAUUCGAGAAGUUCAACUGUCGGUGUUGAGUAAUUGGGACAUGCCUGCUAGUUCCCAUAGGGCAUGGCAUGGUUUGAAUCUCACGCUUUGA